UCUAAAAAAACAAUGGUUCCAUCAUCAUCAUCAUCACCACCAUCAGAGAAAUCGAAAUCAAGAAUAUCGAAAAUGACAACAAUCAAAUACAAAGAAUGCAGACGGAACCAUGCAGUUUCCAUGGGAGGCUACGCACUGGAUGGUUGCCGAGAAUUCAUUUCACGCACCGGAGGCGGUACAAAGAAGAAGACGAAGAAGGCAGAUGAUUAUUUCCACUACUGUGAUGCCUGCGGUUGCCACCGAAAUUUCCACCGGAAGGAGAUGAUCCAGAACGGUGUACCCCUCGGUAGUAAUGGUGAGGAAAGUCAUACUGCUGCACCCUCUUCGUCCAUGUGUCUCCUGCUGAUGGGAUUGGGACCCUUCCAGUAUAAUUUAGUGCAGCCUCAACCUCCUCAAGCUGGUGGUGUCAACUGGAAUGGUUAUCAGCAUAGGGUUUUUCAUGGUGAUGAUGAUGAUGAUGAUGAUGAUGAUGAAGAGUUGAAUAAUAAUGGAGGCAUGGUUGAUGAUCAGCAGGUGGGAAAGAAGACAAACCCAAAGAAGAAACCGAAGAUGGAAAACUAGCUACAAGUUAAUAUAUAUAUAUAUAUAUAUAUAUAUGUUAUCGGUUAUAUAUUAACCAAAUGUUUUCCUAUUUUCAUUACCCAAAAAAAAUGCUUUCCA